AUGUGCGAAAACGAGUUAGAGAAGUCUAUGUUAAAGUUGGAGUACAUGAUUGGAUUUGAAGGUUCGAUAAGUUGCGGUUUGAUAAGUCAUCCAGACGGAUGUCACCUCCUUUAUUCAGUCGGUUGCACGAUAACGAUCGAAGAUACAAACAAGAAGACCCAAGAAUUCCUCUCCGGGCACAGCAACAACGUCACCUGCCUGGCUCUCUCCAAAUCUGGAAAGUUCAUCGCAUCCGGUCAACUCACCCACGCUGGAUUCAAGGCAGAAACGAUAAUAUGGAGUUUCGGAGAUAGAAGGGAAUAUUGCAAGUUGAGUCUUCACAGGAACGCAGUCCAGGCUGUUGCAUUUUCGGCUAACGAUAAAUAUUUAGUGUCUUUGGGAGGUCCAGAUGAUGGGAGUCUAGUGGUGUGGAACAUAGCAAAGAAGGAGGCCAUAUGCGGCUCACCAGCGCAGUCCAUCAGUGCCGGUCUGACACAUGUCCUAACAUUCAGCAAUACACAAGAUAAUGUCUUUAUAACGGCUGGAAGUGAAACAUUGAGAGUCUGGAGUUUGGAUGAAAAGACAUUUAAGCUCGCUCCUGUGAACGUUUCAGUUGGACAAAACAAAAGAUUUGUUAAAUGUCUUCAGGUCUCGCACGAUGACUCCUACUUCGUGUGCGGCACGACAACUGGUGACGUCAUGAUGAUCAACAUGGCCACCAAAAACUUUCAACUUCUCAGCAAUGAAAAAGAAAGAUUUCAAUUAGGCGUGACGUCACUUUUUUUGAUGAAAGAUGGUCACGUGAUUGUCGGUUCAGGAAAUGGUGAUGUGCUACUGUUGAAGAGUUUUGAGGAAAAAUUUAAAAGGACAAAGAAUGUUAAGAAGAUACAGGGGGGCGUCACUUCCAUAUCUCUUAACAAAAAUCAGUUCUAUGUAGGAACAGCUGACAGCAGCAUUUUCAAAUUCAACCUCUCAACUUUUGAAUUCGAGUUAAUGAAAACGAGUCACUACACAUCUAUCAACAAUCUUUGCUUUCCAUAUGGCAGUUGGAAGCUCCUCAUAACGAGUUCGAUGCAAGACAUAAGAUUGUGGAACACGAAAAACGGACAGGAACUAAUGAGGAUAAGUCUUCCGAACAAAAUCUGCAACGUUGUUGCCGUUAUGAGAGAUGGAAAAAGUAUUAUAAGUGGUUGGGAUGAUGGCUGCAUCAGAGCUUACUACCCAGAAUCUGGCAAACUGAUGUACACGAUGGAUCACGCGUACGGGGGCACUGUCACCUCAUUGGCCGUCUUCAAAAGUGGGUCACAUAUCAUCAGCGGAAGUAAUUUGGGUCACGUCGUUCUGUGGGAGCACACAUUAUUGAAGGAGCACAAGGCUGCUGUUACAUGCAUCCAGAUGAAGGACGAUGAUUCCGAGUGCAUCACAUCCAGUCUCGAUGGCUCCUGCAUUUUUUGGAACCUUAGCAGGAGGCAGAUGAUCAGAGUGAACACGCUCUUCAAAUAUCUUUGCUACCAUCCGCUGGAACAUCAGAUCCUCACCGUAGGGACGGAUCGUAACAUUAGUUACUGGGAGACGUUUGAUGGCUCUUUGAUUCGUUUGCUGGAAGGUUCCAACACGGGUGCCAUUAAUUGCGUUGAUGUCUCUCAUGAUGGAAAAUAUUUCGUCACCGGAGGAGAUGAUAGGAUGCUUAAGAUUUGGUUGUAUGAUGAAGGAGAGAUGACUCAUAUCGGUGUGGGGCACAGUGCCGCCAUAACUGCUCUAAAAAUUUCCCCUGAUCAGAAAAACAUUUUCAGCACAAGUUGUGAUGGAGCGAUACUGAAGUGGACUUUUCCAUACAAAUAA